AUGGACAAUGAGCAGCGUGUCUUCAGAAGGGAGUUAGGGGAUGUUCAGGGGAUUCCCCUUUUCUGGAGCAUUGCUGAAGAGUGGUUUCAAGUAGAAUUGUUUGAGGUCCGACCAAAUUAUAUUCUUAUCUCUACCUAUCCCAAAUCUGAAACGAACUGGAUCAGUGAAAUACUGGAUCUGAUCUUUAACAAUGGGGAUGCAGAGAAAUGUAAACAGGAUGCAAUAUAUAAGCGAGUGCCUUUCAUGGAACUUAUACUUCCUGGAUUCACAAAUGGUGUUGAGCAGUUGAAAAGCAUGCAGUCUCCUUGAUUAGUGAAAACACACCUGCCUGUUCAACUUCUCCCUUCUUCAUUUUGGAAGAAAGACUGUAAGGUAGCGAAUUUUAAAGAGAAAUAAUGCUUAUUUGCGUUGUAAAUUUUUUUACCAAUUAUGGAGAAACACAAGGUGUUUCAGGAGACUGGAAGAAUCAAUUCACUGUAGUCCAGUAUGAGAAAUUUGAAGAAGAUUAUUAAAAAAAAAAAAAAUGAAAGAGUCCACACUAUAGUUUCGAUCAGAAAUCUAAGAAGUAC